UAACUCGAAAUAGAAUUAUCAAUCAGUCUUAAAAAAAAAAACACAGAGGGAAAGUUGCUACUAGUGGAUUUUGAAUUAGCAACAUUUUUCUUCAAACCAAAAAAGAAAGGCUUUUAUAAUUCAGAAUAACAUGCCCAACCGAGCCCAAAUUAAACAGGCCCAUAACCAUAGAAGAAGCAGCUUUGAAUCGAUUCGAGGAACUCAAACCCUAAUCCAAUCCCGCGACGGCAAUCUCCCGAAACCAAUGGCCAACCUCCGAGGAGUCCUAACCAACGUAUCUUCCUACUGUCAACGUUCCUUCUCUCAAUCGGCUCUGCUAUGGCGAUCCGCGGUCAAACCUCCGAACAACCUCGCUCAAAUCCAAUCCAGACAAAUCUCUACAUCUCUCGCGAAACACAGUGGUACGGAGCAAGGCGUGAAGCGAAACAGUGCAGAUCACAGACGCAGAUUGCUCGCGGCGAGAUUCGAGCUGAGAAGGAAGCUCUACAAAGCGUUUUGCAAGGAUCCGGAGCUUCCUAGCGAAAUGAGAGAGAAGAAUCGUUAUAAGCUGUCGAAACUGCCGAGGAACAGUGCGUUUACGAGGAUAAGGAAUCGAUGUGUGUUCACUGGUCGGUCUAGGUCCGUGACGGAGCUGUUUCGGAUGUCUAGGAUCUGUUUCCGUGGGUUGGCGAAUAAAGGGGAGUUGGUGGGUAUAAAGAAGUCGUCUUGGUAAGGGGGCUUUGCAAGGAAUGUGACCGAACCACAAAGAAUCUAACAAAACUUAGUUUUGCUUAUGACACAAGUGAUACUUCCCUUUUAUGAUCUCGUUCAGGAUUAUGGAAGUUAUUCUAGCGAUUCUCGUUGAAUAAGAUUUAACACUUGUCAAAUAUUGUUCUUUUUAUUAUCUCGUUUUAGGAUUGUGAAGUUAUUUUGUUGCAAUUUUUUUUUGUUGUUGUUGAAUUGACUAUAGUAUGUAAAAACAAAGGCAUAAGGUUUGAUGCAUUGCCUAAGUAAAAGGUGAAUUUAAGUAGUAA